ACAAAGAAGUGUCCGAACUAGCACUGACAGGACGCAGACGGGCGCCCGGUGGACCCUCCUCUGGCGUCACACGCGCCACAACAAAGCCCAGCCCUCCCCGCCGGGCCUCGCGUGACCCAUCCUUGGCGACCGCUCUGACAGUUUUUUAGGGUUUCUCAGUGGCCGGUGACCCGCUGUGUGACCUGUCGAAGUCGGCGCGUCGCCCGUGUCGAGGACGGGUGACCCUGACAGAGUUCACUGUCGGCGGCGGUGCACUGUUUUGUCGGCCGGCCGGCCGCGGUGGUCGCGGCGGAGUGGGGAGGCCUGACGGGGAGGGGCACAGUGGUAUGGCAGGCUGGCAGUCCGCCAGUGCCGCCGCCGCGCCGCGGACAGACGGGUGCAGUGCUCCUGCCCGCCGUAACAAAGAGCCUGUCGUAUAGUGUCGACUGGAGGAGCUGUCUGGUGUGAACUGCCCAGUGUGAACUGCCCGGUGUGAACUGGAGCUGAAGAGGCGGAGAAUCGGACAUACGUCUGAGAAACAGUUGGCGACAGUGAGCGGCGCUAAUCCGGUGACAGGAACAGAUCAACGGAUAGCGGCCGAGGGCCAUCGCACGGCUGCCUUCUGAACACUCAACCGAGCGGGGAAGGAGGGACGACCGCACGCAACACAACGUAGUCUGCGGUGGAAGUCGACGCAGUCAGUCUGAGCCCACCGCCGGGGGUAGCGCGUGAACUGCGAGGACAGGGCAGGACAGGACAGGACAGGACAGGACAGCUGGAGUAACGCCGUUUCAUCUAUCCGACAGACAGCACACCAGUCGACCACGAACCACCUGUGUCUAUAGCGCCCGCAGCCGGUCGACAGUCGUCACUACGACGCUGGCAGCGGCGGUCUCUCCGACCGAUAACCCGCACCUGAGCCACAGUGUCAGCGGUGACAGGCGGAGGGCACGCACCGCUCGGUCGGUCGGUCGGUCACCCCAGGGGCCGGCCAGCUGGCGAGGCGCCGCGCUCGGCCACCGCGACACUCGCGCGACCGAUCGUACCGGCGCAGUGAGGGCGGCGGCCGCGGCGCGUCACGUGAGUUUACGGACGGCACAGGUGCGCCGGUGGGCCGACCGUCCACUGGGACAUACCGCACGACGGUGGUAGCAAGUGGUGCCGUGAUUUCACAUCUGCAGUGGCUCGCAACACUUGAUCGGGGACGUGAUGUCUUUCUAAACACCACGAAGUGUUUGUGACAAAGUUCCUGUUAUAAACAUCCUAACCAGUGCGCGGAUUUGAGCAGUGAACCCGAGGACCACAGGGACACGGGAGAGCCCUCGCCAGCCAUGGGGAAGAAGGGCGGCAUCUGGGGGUUUCUGCGGGGCCUGGGCCGCCGCGGCGGGUCGGCGGACGGUGCCCUGGCCGGCUAUGUGACGGUGGAGCUCCGGGAGGACCCGGUGGACCCGGUGGUGGAGGAGCUCCCCUCCCCGCCCAGUGCCGUCCCCGCCGCCGGUACCGCCGCUGCCCCGGCAGAGGCGGUGCUCUCAGAGGCUCUGGCGCACUGCCUCAACACCUACGUCCGGCCGGCCGUGGCGCGACUGGGCGGCGACGACAGUCUCAUCCAGCACCCUACCUCCAGAGCGGUGCUGGCGGCCCUGGCCGGCUACUGGCUGCUGGCCGUCAGUAGUUCGCUGAUCCUCCUGGUGGCGGCGCUGGCGGCGCCCGCGCUCCGCUCCGUGAGGGCGCUGGAGUCGGGCGACGCGGCGCGGCGGCGCCGCUGGCUGCGCUACUGGACCGUGUACGCCGUGGUGGCGACCGUGUCCAUCGUCAGCGACCGGCUGCAGGCGCUCCUACCCGGCUACUGGACGGCAAAGACGCUGCUGCUGCUGUGGUGUGCCGCGCCGUACCCCUGGCACGGCUCCGACUACGUCUACUACCACCUGCUCGUGCCCGGCUGGAGGCACCUGCACGACACACUGCACGAGCUCGCCGACAGUCCGGGGCCGGGCGAGACAGAGCAGUGAGCCCAGCCGCCCCGGCAGCCGAGACACAGCUGCAGGACCGCGCCGAGUCGGGGAGCGGGAGCGAGCAGCAGAUACUGAUUAUGGGUGGAUAGGGUAUUACACAAUACACGCCGAGGGCUUUCGUCAUUUUCGGUAGAUGUGGAUUGUAGAACAUCGCGGAAUAUUGUGCCGUGGUUGACGAUAAAUGUUGCGAGCCGUAUUAUCAUUGGAAUGUCGUUAUUUCUGACAAAAUCAUUGAAGGGACGUGAAUUGUGAUCGUCUACGUCGCCACUUGAAGCCAUUGCUACAUGUUUUGCCGUCCCAGCAGCUGAGGCCUAUGCCUCCGUAUCGCCUACGUUUGCCGAUCUGUGCUGGAAUAUCGGACCGAGAUGUACUGAAGCGAUACUAUUCGGUGCAAUGGGUAACCAGCACCAGUGGUCUAUUAGUGCACGAGGUGCAGUGUUUCAGGAGUGCACGCGUUGGCCGAAUCUAUAGACUUUUAACUAUGGCGAUCAUUUCGGGAGGGCCGGCUGUGUGUCAAAGGAGGCGGCCAUAAGAAUCGCGAUAGAUAGGGUGAACUACAUUACAUUUAUGUGCUGCUCGGAUUGUUUUACACUACAGGAAAGUUCAGACAUCCAAAGUGACUUUUGCAAGUAUAUUGCAAAUAUGUGCAUUGUAAAAAAAAACUGUGCUUUACUAGAA